AUGGGAACUGUUUCAUGGAGUAAAUGUUUGAGCAUGACUGGUGAAAUCCUAGUGACCAUACCUAGAAGCAAGGACAUCAUGGCCAUGCGUGACAGCUGCAAACUCAAAAUUACCUCCCAAGAUUUCUGGGUUGUUGAAGAAAGAGGUUUUGCAAUAAUGGGUAAUCGUUUCAUUUGCAUGACAAAGAAGGACAACAGAGAUAAUCAUGGAUCAAGAAGCAAGAGAAUGGGUAGGUCUCAAAGGAAGAUGUUGGCAGAGGAAGAGUUCUUGCAUAGACAAGCUCUAUCUAUGGCACUGCAACAGCACCAAUUGUCUCAGAGAUUUGAUGGAUCCAUGUCCAGGAGGAUUGGUUCCACAAGCUCUAGAAGAAGAAAUCUUUCUGAUCCUUUCUCUAAUGGAAAACAGGCACCAGACUUUCUGGAGAACAUAAAGUUAAAGAAGUUUGUUCUGGUGCAUGGAGAAGGUUUUGGAGCAUGGUGUUGGUACAAAACUAUUGCUUUGUUGGAGGAAGCAGGAUUGGUUCCUAUUGCCAUAGAUCUAACAGGAUCAGGUAUUGAUCUGGCAGAUACAAAUAGUGUCUCAACAUUGGAAGAGUACUCAAAACCAUUGAUUAGUUAUUUAGAAAACUUGCCUGAGGAUGAACAGGUUAUUUUGGUUGGCCAUAGUACUGGAGGUGCUUGUGUCUCUUAUGCACUUGAGCAUUUCCCCCAAAAGAUCUCGAAAGCUAUUUUUCUCUGUGCUACAAUGGUGUCUGAUGGUCAGAGGCCUUUUGAUGUGUUUGCUGAAGAGCUUGGAUCUGCAGAACGUUUUAUGCAAGAAUCGCAGUUUCUGAUUUAUGGAAAUGGUAAAGACAAGCCUCCUACAGGAUUUAUGUUUGAGAAACAGCAAAUGAAAGGUUUAUAUUUCAAUCAAUCACCAACAAAGGAUGUUGCAUUGGCCAUGGUUUCGAUGAGACCCACUCCACUUGGUCCUAUAAUGGAGAAGCUGUCAUUAUCCCCUGAAAAAUAUGGAACUGGCCGGCGGUUCUUCAUUCAGACACUGGACGAUCGUGCUCUUUCCCCAGAUGUCCAAGAAAAGCUAGUGAGGGAGAGCCCACCAGAAAGAGUCUUCAAGAUUAAAGGAAGUGACCACUGCCCAUUCUUUUCAAAACCUCAGUCCCUGCAUAAAAUAUUGUUGGAAAUUGUUCAAAUUCCAUAG